GGUAGUGCAGUGACCCUCCCCCACCCAACUCCUGGCAGGGCUUCCAAUCCAGGGGCGGAGCCAACUACAAUCGUGACAGGUCCUCUUACCAAUCCAAUCAGCCCAAUGAAGGUCAGGCGGGCGGUCCCACAUCCAUGGAGAGAGCAGGGGGCGGUCCCACAUCCAUGGAGAGAGCAGGGGGCGGUCCCCACAUCCAUGGAGAGAGCAGGGGGCGGUCCCACAUCCAUGGAGAGAGCAGGGGGCGGUCACACAUCGAGCGGGGGGGGGGAGUGCAGGAGGCGGUCACACAUCUAUAGAGAGCAGGGGGGCGGGUCCCACAUCCAGAGAGAGAGAGCAGGGGGGCGGUCCCACAUCCAGAGAGGGAGAGAGCAGGGGGCGGUCCCACAUCUAUAGAGAGCAGGGGGCGGUCCCACAUCCAGAGAGGGAGAGAGCAGGGAGCGGUCCCACAUCUAUACAGCGGGGGGGGGGGGGGGAGAGAGAACGCACA